AAUUAAGAUUCGGUUACAGAUUAGACAGAAAGAUGAUUGAUUCCUUUACCGAGUAUAGUAUACUAGACUGUGUAGAAGAAUGAUUAAGAACCAUGCGAUGUAAAUCUGUGAGUUAUUACAAAGGAGCAAAUUACUGUGAAAUCAUUUAUAAGAACAAUGCUUCAGCCCCAGAAAGAUACAAAGAAGACAAGGGGUGGAUCUACAGCGAGAGAGAGGGCUGGGAUAUGAAAAUAACAGGAUCUUGUUCGAAGGCAGGGUGCAAAAUAAAUGAAAAAUGCAUCCCAAAAUCCCUUGGAAAUUAUGAAUGUAUACUAUCAGAUUGUGGAAUGCCUCCGAUUGUAAGAGGCGCUGACUCCGGCAGUUUGGAAAGAUGGGACGCAAUAGGGAUCUACAGACAAAUACAUCUGCAGUGUCACAAAUAUAUUUUCAAGAAAAAAGGAUCAGGAAUGCUUGGAUGUUCUUUAAAUGGUCAAUGGACAAUAAAUCUGACUUGUGAGUUUCAAGAGGUAUGGGUACCCUUUAAAGGCAAGUUGUAUAUGGUUCGUUCCAAAAAACUUAAAUGGACAGAUGCUAAGGUGGCCUGUGAAAAUGAGGGGGCAUCUUUGGUAGAGAUAAAAUCAAAGGAAGAAAACACUUGGAUAACGGAAAAUUUACUGAAGCCUUUCUUUGAAGGUACAGAUAUAACCGAAUGGACCGCCACUGUGUUUUGGAUUGGUGGAAAGUGCAAUAGUGGAAAAGCUGAGGAAUGUACGUGGGAAAAAAACAGGGAAAAAUUUCAAAACAGGGAAAAAUUUCGUUAUCACAAUUUUCGUGAUAAAGAACCAAAGGACGACAGCGAAGAAUGUGUUUUUACUAGCACAGCUAAUGAUGGAGAAUGGAAUGACUUUUACUGUGACCAGGAACGUCCCUACUUGUGUGAAAAGUCUACUUAA